CCACCAUAUAAAUAGCUGGUCUUUCUCAAACGAUCCACACAGGAAGGCAGAGGCAACAGGCUGACGGCUUUAAGAAAGAAGAUAUUUCUCCAGCAGGAUGCUGUCUGUGUCUCUACUUGUUUGUGCCUUGUUGGCUCUGUCUAAUGCUCAGAGUGAUGACAACAUAUCUGCCAAUGAAACCAUAAUUGCACCAAUUGGUGUAGAACCUAUCGUCAAACUGGCGGGAACAAACUGUCCUCUAAAUUGGGUGUUAUACCAAGGUCGCUGUUUCCUUUUUGUUCCAACACAAAUGCAUUGGGCCAAGGCUCAGGAAAACUGUCUGAAACAAAAAGGAACGCUUGCAUCGAUACACAACCUUGAUGAGUACCAGUUUAUUCAGCAGCUGACAACUGCGGAACACCUACAAACAUGGGUCGGGGGCUCGGACUGCCAAGAGGAAGGACUGUGGUUCUGGAUUGAUAGUACACAUUACGAUUAUAACCUUUGGUGUCCAGGACAGCCUGAUAAUAGCCUAGACCAGUGCUGUUUACAGAUCAAUACUGGAGGUGGCAAAUGCUGGGAUGAUGUACCUUGCAAGUCUUUGAAUCCAUCUAUCUGUGUCAUGCCAGCCAAUUAAAUCUGGAGCUGACACGGAGGCAUGCACAACCAUCAACCACACAAGCAGUUUGUGUGUGUGCAUAUUUACCUCUGCUUGUGUCAACAGCCUGACAUAGAGCCUGAAGGUUCAAUAUCAAACAGCACAUCUUUAAUUCUGUGCUAUUGUUGCAACUGCACAAGGGAUGAAAUGACAAGUGAAUUACAGAGGAGCUGGAGAGCCUUCUAGUGCUUUUAAUUAGAAGAGAUGACUCUAGUCACUUAUGUCUUGUGUCAAAAUAAAAGGAUGAAGCAUGGAAACAAA